AUGGCAAAGCGCCGAACGAAGAAGAAUGAUGCAGCCGAAACUCCUGGCAAAUUGACAGACAGAACCAAUUGCCCAUCUUUCUCCCCAGCAUAUGCCUCUCCGCCACCAAAACGAGGGCUUCUAUCUUUAACAACCCCAAACUUCAACAGAAAUGGAGGCCUCUUCAGAUCCCCUUUCAAAGAGUCUCCAGUAUCCAGGACGAAAUCUGUCGCCACCCAAACUGAUCCCAUUCCAUGCCUUGGAUUUGCCGAAGAAAUCAUUGCCCGGAAUCCUAGCCAACAGCUUCAACAGCAAGUUUUCAAUACAUUAUCUGCGCUACAUCUGCAGCAAAAUGACAAGAAUUAUGUCCGUCUAUCGCUUCGACAUGGCCAACAAACGUAUCUCAAGAUUCCAAACUCUCGCACUUGCAACACGAAGAAUGCCAAUGCACAGAUCACGAAGAGAAUCAACAAGAACUCCACUCUCAUUUUUGGACUACUUCAACGCCUCUUUGGUGGCAAUUUGCAACAGGUCUUACCAGCAUUCUUGACCAGAAUUGGCAAACAAUUUCAAUUGGCUGUCCUCCCAAUUCAUGAGUGCGGAUUGACAAUUGUACAAGCAGCUGCUGUCCGUGAUCUUGUUCCAACGUCGACAAGGGGACUAGAGAGGCUGGCAAAUGCCCUUCAUGACUCUGCUCCCUUUCUUGGUAAUUUGCUAUUUCCAAAACAACUGCGACGUCGAAUUUCCGAGUUUGAGAAGUGCUCACUUGAUGUGGAAUUGAGUUUUGAGGUGGUGUCUUUGGAGAUGAAUGGAGAGGGCAAGAUGAAGCCAUGCGUUCAUGCUUGGGUAUCUAAUCCUCCUAUUAUCAUUGAGGGCCUGACACGAAGUGCUCUCAUUGCAGGAAAGUUUCAAGAGUCAGAGUCUCUGUCGUCCCACAAGGGAGAAAUUCUUGUUGUCCAAGGAUGCGAUAAAGGAGGCAAUUUGACUCUUAGCUUGACUCGCAUUGCUAAUCGAUUGGAUGGGAAUGCCCCACAGUUUUGCUUUCCAUUGGCAUUCUAUGAAGAUGGACGAGAAUCUUAUUGGAAUUUGGCACGGACAAUUUAUGACAACUCCCAGCCAUCCAAAAAGCCUGUUCAACCUUUUCUUCAGAGUCUGCUCAAUGGAAAGCACCACAUGAUUGUUGCAUCGGCCAGUCGCAACAACGAGGACAUUAUUGAUGCCCAGUGCUUGGCUGUCGAAUGCACUGGUUACAACAUCUACGAAAAGAGCAAAUUUUGCAUUUGUGAUAUUUGCGACCGACUGCUCCCCGAUGCCGACCACAGAGAGCUUCUUGUGUCAGUCGAUCAAGCGAAGGCUCAAAAGCAACCAACAAUUAUUCCACUGGAUAGACUUCACAGCACAGCUCUGGAAAUUCGCCUUGUGCUUUCAAACCCUGCCGACAAGAGAGAAGAAUCGUCCGACGGAAUUCAAUAUUCUGGAAUGCUUGUCUACCAAUCCUCGUCUGCAGCAAGAAAGCUGGUCGCUCGUCUUUCUUUUACAGCUCCACUGCUUGUCCCACCCACUGCUGAUGUGGCUCUUCGAUGCUAUGCUUGCCGGCCGUUCACGGCAGAUGACUUGAAACUAAAUAUUGCUGUGUCAGGCCAAGGAACGGCUUCGAGCAAGUAUCCAUGCCCAAUCUGCAUUGCUUCAAAAGACGAGCUUAAUCUUUGCGUGCACGGCCUCACCCCCUCUCCUACUCGCACUGGAGAAAACAGCAACAACAGACUGUAUGAAAUAUUUCAGAGUAUUGCAGGUGGAAGGGCCCUCAAAGUUGCGAAUGACUCGUCAGCAGCAUCCAUGGCCAUCAAGCUCAAAGCGAAAAGCGUUGUUAACCGGCCAUUGUUGCUCACACCACCAUCGCAAAAUACAGCGGGCUCCAUGCAUGUGUGCCAAGGGAUCAUGACUCAUCUCACUCGACGUACAUUCAGUCUUUUGCGAGAGAUUGAUCGCAAAUCAACAUGGUUCGCUGGAUUAAAAGACGCCGUAAAGGAUUCAGAUAACACACAAGAAAUCAAGGAUUUGCUCGCAGAAUUGCAUCGACAGGAUCGUUCCCUCUUCAAACAACUCCAGGCAGCAACUAAAUGGCCAGAGAUUCCAUCUCAAGUUGAGCGUGCUGCGAACUUGUUAGCGGAAAGAGAGCAGCUUACUGUUCAGUCUGGAAUGGAAGCAUGGGCUUUGGUUCAAAAAGCAGCAACAGAACUUUCUGCUGCCGGAAGCAAGUUUCUCAAGGACUCUGGAUCGAAACCAGAGGGAAUCGCAAGUUACCUGCUCUAUCAGUCUUUCUGCAUUGAUGGGGGAAUCAGGUUCAACGUUGAACACUCUGGAUUGGAGCUAACAAACAAAAAUGGAAUCAAAGUCCUCGCAAAGUAUGAGCAAAUUGCCAACAGAGUUGAUUGCGCCUAUGAGCAAGGCAAUGAUACCCAUCUUCAAGCCGAGGUGAAAGCGGUCAUGUCAACUUGGCGUAAUCUUGCACAGUUGCUGCUUGAGCUUGGAACAAUCCUAAAGCGACAAUCAAAGUUAUCUGCCGAGGAAAUCAAGCGUCUCAAGGAGUGCUCCUUAGAAUACGGUCGACAAUGGACUACCAUGAUUCAAGAUAAUGACUCCGUCUUCAACAAACUGCACACUCUAAUCGCACAUUUGACGUCCUUUGCAGAGGAGCACAAUACAAUUGGAUUGGUCAACGAGGAAAGCUUUGAAGCCACUCAUCCAAGAGCCCAAACAAUAAGCACGCACGUCAGAAGUAUGGUUACAACAGGAGGAAAAGUGCAAAAGACGGUACAGCGUUUCUCGUUGGGCCUAAACAGUGAGUACCAAUCAACUCGAACGUCCUUGCAAGACAAUCGGAAGUGUGGGCCACGCAAGCUGAAAGAAGGCGACAAAUACAAGUCAAGUCAACAGACUCGACAGCACGACGUUGCCCCAAUCACCAAUCCACGCCAGGGCAGCAAGCUCCCAGAAGGCCUCGUGUUUGUGGACACAAAUGAAUCUGUUGUCAAGGAGGCUUGGAUCGACUAUUACAAUUAUUUGGUUUGUGGCCGAGUUCCUGCCAAUUGGAAGAAGCCCUUUGGGGACGAUGACGAGAUUGGUAAUGUCUUCAAAGUAAAGUCCGAGUACGUUUGA